AUGCCGAAGAGACGGGACAUCCUUGCGAUUGUCCUCAUCGUGCUGCCCUGGACGCUGCUGGUCACCGUGUGGCACCAGAGCACCAUCGCGCCUCUGCUCACCACGCACAAGGGUGAGCCCCUGACCGACCCCCGGCGCGAGGCGGCCCCGGGCGCCGACCCCAGGGAGUACUGCAUGUCGGACCGCGACAUCGUGGAGGUGGUGCGCACGGAGUACGUGUACACGCGGCCGCCGCCGUGGUCCGACACGCUGCCCACCAUCCACGUGGUGACGCCCACCUACAGCCGCCCGGUGCAGAAGGCCGAGCUCACGCGCAUGGCCAACACGCUGCUGCACGUGCCCAACCUGCACUGGCUGGUGGUGGAGGACGCGCCGCGCCGGACCCCGCUCACCGCGCGCCUGCUGCGCGACACGGGCCUCAACUACACGCACCUGCACGUGGAGACGCCCCGCAACUACAAGCUGCGCGGCGACGCCCGCGACCCCCGCAUCCCGCGGGGCACCAUGCAGCGCAACCUGGCCCUGCGCUGGCUGCGCGAGACCUUCCCGCGCAACUCGAGCCAGCCCGGCGUCGUGUACUUCGCCGACGACGACAACACCUACAGCCUGGAGCUCUUCGAGGAGAUGCGCAGCACCAGGAGGGUGUCUGUGUGGCCUGUCGCCUUCGUUGGUGGCCUUCGCUACGAGGCGCCGCGGGUCAACGGCGCCGGGAAGGUGGUCGGCUGGAAGACGGUGUUCGACCCGCACCGGCCCUUCGCCAUCGACAUGGCUGGAUUUGCCGUCAACCUGCGGCUCAUCCUGCAGCGCAGCCAGGCCUACUUCAAGCUGCGCGGAGUCAAAGGCGGCUACCAGGAAAGCAGCCUCCUCCGAGAACUCGUCACCCUCAAUGACCUGGAGCCCAAGGCAGCCAACUGCACCAAGAUCCUGGUCUGGCACACGCGGACAGAGAAGCCGGUGCUGGUGAAUGAGGGGAAGAAAGGCUUCACCGACCCCACUGUGGAGAUCUGA